AUGGCCAUGGCUGAAACUUCCCGGCGGCGAAACGGCGCCACUGCCACCGUGAAAUUCCCUAGCCGCCGCCAGUCUGAUUCUCCAAACCAAGACAGAACAAUCGGCGAUUCAAUUUCAAUCGAGGGUUUCGAUUUCAUCAGCUCUCUACCGGACGCGAUUCUCCACCUAAUCCUUUCCUCAAUCCCGACCAAGUCAGCCAUCAGAACCUCCGUCUUGUCCAAGCGAUGGCGGCACGUAUGGUGCGAGACGCCUUCUCUCUCCAUCGAUAGCCACAGAGUGGUAGCUAGAUCGAUCAACAAAACCUUAGCCAGCUUCUCCGCUCCCAAAAUCGCGAGCUUCCAUCUCCGAACAAGCUUAGUCAAUAGGAUCCAACCUGUCGACAGCUGGAUCGAGUUCGCCAUUUCCCACGACGCCGAGAAGCUCUCUCUCGAGUUUCGCGACACUCGUGUUAGGGAUUACAGUUUUCCCGAUUUCUUCUACACAAACUCCACCGUAAAGCAACUCUUGGUCGACUCUGGAUCCGUCGUCAUGAUCCCGAGAUGCACCGUGUCGUGGACGUCUCUAAAGAACUUGUCUUUGAGUUACUGUAAGCUUUCCGAUGAAUCCCUUGUCAAGAUUCUCUCUGGUUGUCCCUGCCUUGAGAGCUUGGAAUUGCUGUACUGCGAUGAAUUCCGGUGUCUUGAUCUGAGCCAAUCACCGCGUCUAAGGAGAUUGGAGAUGGAUCGAAGCGAUUGGUUUCUCGGCCCGACGGAGAUUGUGGCACCACAUAUCCAUUCUCUGAGAUUGAGACACUCGAGAUUGCCAUGUAGAUUAGUGGAUGUCUCUUCUCUAGUCGAAGCUAACUUGAACAUUUACUUUUCCGAUCUUGGAACCCUUACGGCUGAUUUUCUUCAAGGGAAUGUGGUAAAGAUGUUAUCAAAGUUGCAGAAUGUGGAGAAGCUCACUGUUGGUGCUACCUUUCUUCAGAUGUUAUCUCUUGCGGCGCUGUGUGGUGUACGUUUUCCGAUGCUAAAGGUGGAAUCUUUGACACUCGAAACGAUGAUUGUUCGGUCUGUUAUUCCCGGUAUAACGAAGCUUUUACAGAACUCACCUGGGCUGAGAAAGCUAACGAUACACACCGUCAAAUGCAGCAUCAUAUCGGAAGUGCAUCUAAACAAUUACUUGCGUGUACACAGCUUGAAUCAGAGUCAAUGUUGGAGAUCGAAAGACGCGGUCUUCCCAGGAUCCAUCGAGACGAUAUCGAUGUUGGUGGGUAAAUAUGCAGAGUCCAAUCUUGUGGCUUCGUUCAUGGAGCUUUUGCUGAGAAAUACGAAAAGUCUAGAGACAAUGGUUGUGCUCGUGGUCGGUUAUCUUGAUGCAUCAGGUUUGGAUGAGCUUCUUGCAAUGGCUACGACACUUUCUCACAACAACAAUGUCUUCAUUCUGAUCAAGCAAAGCCAUGUUCAAAAUGUAUCCACCACUUUCUCAUAA